CCUGUCGGUUCUGCAGCAGGAGGUUUACACCUCCAAAGAAGGAAAGUUGUACCACAAAAAAAACUUAAAAUUAUGCCCCACAGUUGAAAACUACGUCGUCAUAAACCUACGUUUGGUUGGAUAUUUAUUCGGUUUGUUUGGAGAACAGCUGCGAUGGAAACGAGGGAGAAUAACGACACCGAGUCUGCGGAGGGUUUUAGUCCGGAUGAUGAAGAAAUCGAGAAGUUUAUGUCCAAAGCUUUUGAAAUGGGACACGACGCCCUGCAGAAUGGGGAGGUUCCCGUCGGGUGUCUGAUGGUUUACGACGGCGCCGUGGUGGGGAAGGGACGCAACGAGGUCAACGAAACCAAGAACGCGACCCGUCACGCUGAGAUGGUUGCCCUGGACCAGGUGAUGGACUGGUGUCGCCGUGGCGACCGCGACCUGCGGAGCGUGUGCAGACGCGUGGCCCUGUACGUCACCGUGGAGCCGUGCGUCAUGUGCGCGGCGGCGCUGCGGCUGCUGCAGAUCCCGCUGGUCGUCUACGGCUGCAGCAACGAGCGCUUCGGAGGCUGCGGCUCGGUCCUGGACGUCUCCUCGGCCGACCUGCCCCAGACCGGGACCCCAUUCAAGUGUGUUUCAGGUCACAGAGGAGACGAAGCCGUGGAGAUGCUGAAGACUUUCUACCGGCAGGAAAACCCCAACGCACCCAAACCUAAAACCAGGAAGGACUGACCUCAAGAAAAACAUCCAAUUAAAUGUGUAAAUUGUUUACAUUUACUUAUUUUUAUAAUAAACACUUUUCAUUUAAAAAAGA